UCUGUGGCUAUUUUUUGACAACUUAGGCAGAGACAAAGGCAUAGAGGUUAUAAAGAAGUCUAAAUUGAAAAGGGUUAUUAAAAAUAAUACGAAAUGAAUUCGCUUGUUCUUUCUUCAAAGUUAGUGAAUUCUUUAUUUAAAGUAACUCCCCGCACGUUAAUAGCCGUCAGAAACCAUUGGAACAAGGAUUUCAAGCCGAGGCCUUACCCUCAUACUGAGGAGGAGAGAGCCAAAGCUGCCGCGAGGUACGGUAUUCCUCUAGCCGAGUAUAAACCGUAUGCCGAUAAUGGAUCGGGUCUUGGCGAUUAUCCAGAAUUACCGUUGGAGUCGGUUGAAAAUAAAGAUCCUUUUUACCCCUAUGAUAUUCCAGCACUAAAAAGGAACUUUAAUGAACCCAUUCACGUAGACUAUGAAACAUACAGAGAGGAUCGUGUUAACAUUAGUCCUAAUCUUCCCAAACCUAUCAGUAUACUGGUACUUCAGUUUUUGAGUGUGAUGGCUGUUAGCUUAGGAUUAUUUUAUUUCUUUGAAGACAUGAAAAUGUUCCAUCCUGUUACGCCACCACAGAAACCAUCAGAUGGAAGAGUAUAUUAUACAUUUGAGAAAUGCGAAUAAUUGGUAUUGUAAAUAAUAAAUUUAUUUUAAAGUAUUAAAGGGUGUUGUCAAAAAAUUUUCA